ACAGCGCGAGUUGAAAGUGUCGCUCUCGUCAUCAGCAUCUACUCCUCACUCACGCUCGCUCCGAUACCGUCCGUAGCGAGUGAUGUCCUCUCUGCUUGUUUCGUUCUUAAUGGAUUUAAAGCCAGAUUUUGACGUCGUAUAUGAACUUUGUGCUAACCGUGACAGAAUUAAUCGUUUUCUCGUCGCUACUUGUUUGGUUUUUAGUGGAUUUAAAGCACGAGUUUGUUGUCGUAUAUGAAUUUUGUGCGAACCGCAGAGGAAUGAACUCGUUUCUUACCAGACAAAAAUAAAAAAGGAAAGAUAGAAAUACAAUGAUCAAGUUAAUUUGGACAAACUGUAGCCGAAUACACCCACUUCCCAUUAAACAAAAUUCUUUUUAAAUCUCGCCAAGCAAAAAAGAAAAAAAAGGGAAGGUCGAAAUAAAAUGACUCAGUUGAGACUGGGGAGAGGAAGAAUGCAAGUGGUUAUAGUUAGUGGUGAAUCUUUAAUUCAUGAGUAGACAUCAAGAGACAGUUGACAACAGGAAUUUUCAUCGAAAUGAGUUCAGUGUGGGCGCUCUGUGGAGUUUUGCAUCUCGUGUUUGUAGGAGCAUCCAUCGUCUACAGUCCAUCGCUUCAGGCCCCUUAUAAAACAGACUCUGAUGGCAAACAGCAGCGGCAGUUUCACAGACAUCACCCCCACCACCCGCACAGCCGAACGAGCAGGAGUAACAGCAACAGCAUCGGCGGAUCGUCUUGGAGACAGCUGGAGGUCAACCUCAGCGGCAGUAGCAGCAGUCCCGUACAGCCCAUCAAACCGCUCUUGGAUCUAGGCUCGGGAUAUGUCGAGGGAGGCCAAGGGAAUCCUUCCCAUCCUACCUUUGAUGCCGCCACUCCCAAGAACGUGUCGUUUCUGGCAGGCCAGUCUGCUUAUCUCCACUGCCUCGUUCAUAACUUGGCUAAUAAAAGUGUUUCCUGGAUCAGACAGCGCGACUUGCAUAUCCUGACAGUGGGGAGAUACACGUACACAACCGACCAGCGUUACCAGGUCAUACACUCGCAGGGAUCCAAAGACUGGAUACUGAAAAUCAAGUCCGCCCAGGAACGCGACUCUGGCAACUAUGAGUGCCAGGUGUCCACGAAGCCAGUCACAACGUAUGUUGUCCAUCUCAAUGUGUACACCGUUGCCAGAGCCGAGAUUAUCGGCUCGCCCGACUUGUACGUGGAUGUGGGAUCCACCAUCAACCUCACUUGCGUCAUCGCUCACAAAACUGAUCCACCAGCAUAUGUCAGAUGGUUUCACAAUAACAAGACCCUUGAGUAUGACUCACCGAGAGGAGGUAUAACUCUACUAACGGAGAGAGGGAAAACAACUACUGGAUAUCUACUCAUACAGAUCCUCUCCUCUUCAAGGAAAUAG